AGAGAGCGAGCGGCCUUGACGGCAUGGCUUGACGAGUACAGCUCCCCAGAUACCCUCAUCAUAGGCUCUAACAUGCCCACAAGUGUUCAAGCAGAGAGUCCUCAAUAAGGUGAUGUAAAUACUCUGCACGCCUUUCAGAGAGAGACAUUGCCAUAAGACUUCUGGAUCAACGGAGUCGAAUGUCGCCUUCUGGUUGGGAAAUACGGCUAGUCUCGGGCGUUGGUAAGCGUGCCUGCGUUCCAGAGCCUGGUGCAGUGUGAAUGAUUGACCAAUACACCCACGGCCGGGCCUAAAGCCUGCCUGGUUUUCUCUGACUUGCUGUUCCCGAGCUCAACUCAGGCGUCGAAAAAUUAUGGAACCUAGAAUCUUAGACACUAUGUUUGUCAGGCUGAUUCUUCCGUGGGUAUCACAAGAGGACUUCUCGCCUUUCUUGAAGAUUGAAAUAAUCAGUGAUGUAGACCAGUCAGAGGGGAUCAUAUUUGAUUCCCAUAUACUGUUUAACACUUCCGUUAGCCUGACUAAGAGCACUCUGCCACCAUCCUUGUAUACCUCAGGAGUUAGUCCGUCUGGUCCUGCCGCCUUUUCUCAUUCCAGGUUACCUACUGCUUUCUCGACUUCUGUUAGUGUUGAGGUGCAUAUCUCAAUGUUCCAUUCAGGAUUUGACUGGAUAGCAGGCAACGCAAUGGUGGCUGGAGGCCAGUUAAACUGUUCCUCGAAGUGUUCUGCCCAUCGUUCCAGUCGUCUCUCUUGCGGGUGAAUCGCAGACCCGUCCUUCACCGCUAUGGUCUGACUAACCGUUGUUGACCUUUCCCCCCAAGUUUCCUUAAUAAGUCUAAAUAACUGUAUAUUGUUACCAAUCGCCGCUGCCUUUUCCAUCUCUUUAGCCUUCGCUGCCCACCACUGUUCGCGGUCAUUGCGUAGACUUUUUUCAGUCUACUUUUAAGUUGUGCUCGCUCUUCAUUGUACUCAGAGCCUGAAGGGAUGCGUUCAC